AUGUCAAGGAGAUCCAUUGUCAUCGUACCUGUUUCUUUUAUGUGCAAAGGUUUCACUACUCUGUUGACCAAAGCUGAAUUGGAAAGGAGGAUUAGAGGUGUGUCAAUUUGUAGAGGAGCACCCAGAGUUACUAAUUUAUUGUUUGUAGAUGAUUCUUUGUUGUUUUGUCAAGCAACACCAAAGGAAGGGGAAGUGGUAGAAGAAAUUCUUCAAACCUAUGAAAGGGCUUUAGGUCAAAGUAUAAAUUUGGAGAAGUCUUUAGUUUUCUUUAGUAGCAAUACUACAGAUAUUCAGAAACAACAGAUGUUACAGAUUCUGGGGGUCAAGGAGGUGGUGAAGUUUGAAUCUUAUUUAGGGUUGCCAACUUUGAUUGGAAGGACUAAAUAUCACACAUUUGCUUAUUUGAAAGAUAGAGUAUGGAAGAUACUACAAGGAUGGAAAGGCAUGCUUUUAUCCAGAGCUAGCAAAGAGAUUCUUAUAAAGGCUGUAGCUUAA